AAAAGCUAUCCUGAUUUAAGAUAUGGUUCCAAUUUCUGUAAAAGGGGAAUUUUUACUAUUUUAAGAUAACGGCGUCUUUUUUUGAAUUAGAAAUGAGAGAAAUUGUCCACAUUCAAGCUGGCCAAUGUGGGAAUCAAAUCGGAGCAAAAUUCUGGGAAGUUAUAUCAGAUGAACAUGGAAUUGAUCCAACUGGAACAUAUCAUGGAGAUUCUGAUUUGCAGUUAGAGAGAAUUAACGUGUAUUACAACGAAGCAACAGGUGGAAAAUAUGUUCCCAGAGCUAUUUUGGUCGACUUGGAACCUGGAACAAUGGACUCAGUGAGAUCUGGACCUUUCGGUCAACUUUUUAGACCAGAUAAUUUUGUUUUUGGACAAAGCGGAGCUGGUAAUAAUUGGGCUAAAGGCCAUUACACUGAAGGAGCAGAACUAGUGGAUUCAGUUUUGGAUGUCGUCCGAAAAGAAGCUGAAGGAUGUGAUUGCUUGCAAGGAUUUCAGAUGACACAUUCUCUUGGAGGGGGAACUGGUUCAGGCAUGGGCACCCUCAUGAUAUCUAAAAUUAGAGAAGAAUAUCCAGAUCGUAUAAUGAACACCUUCAGUAUUGUGCCAUCUCCAAAAGUUUCAGACACCGUAGUCGAACCUUACAAUGCGACCCUCUCUGUACACCAGCUGGUAGAAAACACAGAUGAAACAUUUUGCAUUGACAAUGAGGCAUUGUACGACAUCUGCUUCAGAACCCUGAGACUUACCACCCCUACUUAUGGAGACCUUAACCAUUUAGUUUCAGCCACCAUGUCUGGAGUGACCACGUGCUUACGAUUUCCUGGACAACUUAAUGCAGAUUUGCGUAAAUUAGCCGUGAACAUGGUACCAUUUCCACGUUUGCAUUUCUUUAUAACGGGGUUUGCACCUCUUACUUCUCGUGGUAGUCAGCAGUACAGAGCUUUGACGGUUCCAGAAUUGACUCAGCAGAUGUUCGAUGCCAAGAACAUGAUGGCUGCCUGUGAUCCAAGGCAUGGAAGAUACUUGACAGCAGCAGCUAUUUUCAGGGGUCGGAUGAGCAUGAAAGAGGUGGAUGAACAGAUGCUGAAUGUUCAAAACAAGAACAGCAGCUAUUUUGUUGAGUGGAUACCAAAUAAUGUAAAAACUGCAGUUUGUGAUAUACCACCAAGGGGUUUGAAAAUGUCAGCGACCUUUAUUGGAAAUAACACAGCGAUUCAAGAAUUGUUUAAGCGUAUUUCAGAACAAUUUACAGCUAUGUUUCGUCGUAAAGCUUUCUUGCAUUGGUAUACUGGUGAAGGCAUGGAUGAGAUGGAGUUCACAGAGGCUGAAAAUAACAUGAACGAUCUUGUGUCUGAAUAUCAACAGUAUCAAGAAGCUACUGCAGAGGAAGAAGGAGAAUUUGAAGAAGAAGAAGAAGCUGUCUGAACUAUUUUUUUUUCUUUUAAGCUACAUUCCCCUUUUUGUGAUAUAGAUGAGAGAGAAAUUUUGUAUUGAUUAUUUUUUAAGUGUUCAGUGU